AGGGUCUAAUAUCUUGAAGUCUUUCUCCUUUUUUGAAUGUGUGGAUAGUUGGACUGAACAUUUGAGAGAGUCUUAUGAUUCAUCAGUGUCAGUGUCUGAAUUCCUUGUUUAUUUCUACUUUUUCACACCAGGUGCAGGUUCUGCGUGUUUGCAUUAUUGACCUACUGCAUCUGAUAGUGAGUAGACCACAUAAAGAAUCUAAAGUUGGAAUGCAUAAUUACGAGACUACUGACUUCCAAGUAGAAGCAAAAUGAAGCAAAAAACUUCCACUUCAACGCCAAAGGCCGCUGGCAAGGCCACAACCGGCAAGAAGAUCUUGAAGAAAAAGGUCGUCAAGAAAGCCGCCAAGCCUGUCGUGGCGUCAAAAGAACAAACAGAGGACGAGAAGGCUACGCCUGCUGUCGUUGCUGAAGACGUUGGAGAAAAGCCAGAGCGUAAAGUCCUCUUCGAGGAUGACGACGAUGACUCCACUGAAGACGGAGAAGACGACGCUCUUCUCGGUAAAAAGCUCAGCGAAAAUCAAGACGAGGGCGAUGUCGAUAUGAGCGAUGACGACAUCGAGACAGCUCAAAGAAGGCUCGAGGCGGAAGCAGCGGACGAAGCCGCCGCAGCGGAAGCCUAUCAGAAAGACCGAGAAGCGGAACAGGCCGACGAAAGCGAUGGAGAUGAUUUGCAUGCGGAUGAUGAGGAUGGGGAGGAAGAAGACAAGACAAAAACACCAAGGGCUAUGGACAUGGCGAAGUUGAAGGAAAAGCUGGAAAACAGCAUCAAGUUGUUGGCUGACUGGAGUACUUCUGCUUACUUACUUACUCUUAUAAAUAUAUUUUUCAUGCCCUCGCAAAACAUCAAUGCUCACAUUAUAUUGCAGCGAAGUACUGGCAUCUUCUUCUUCAUUAUCUUUUGAGUUGGACCACUCUUUCAUCUCUUUCUAGACUCACUCUCACAUCAAUGAGGAUGUGAGUUCUGAAAAUCAUUUUCCCGAAUUUUUUUCUGAAAACAAAACCAGAAACGCUCGGUGGCAACCGAAGUAGCCGAAGCAGACAAGAGGUGCGUGAGGAGAUUGCCGAAUUGAUUACCAUGUACUACGGAUACAAUGCCGAGUUAGCAACAUACUUUUUAGACAUGUUUCGGCCAGAGGAAGCGCUUGCCUUCUUCGAAGCAAACGAAAAGUCGAGACCUGUGACACUACGUUGCAACACCCUGAAAACUCGUAAGCAGGACCUCGCAAAGCAGCUCACGUCACGAGGUGUGAACGUCGCAAAUAUUGGCGAGUGGUGCGCGAAAGAGGGACUUAAGGUACAGCCAACAGCUUCGACGACUACGUUCUUUUUUCAAUCAAAUACAAGUAGGAUCGAUGGAAAUAACUUAAGCCUACUUACUCAUGUGAUUUUGGGUUGUAAAGAACAAGAAAAUGACAAAUAUGAUUUAAUAAGCGAAAAUCCUCCUCGCGCAAACAAAAGGUAUUGGACGCAACGGUCCCUGUUGGAGCGACACCGGAAUAUCUCGGCGGCCAGUAUAUGAUCCAAGCAGCUUCAAGUUUCGUGCCAGUGUUGGCGCUCAACCCUCAGCAGGGAGAGAGCAUUCUGGAUAUGGCAGCAGCACCAGGAGGCAAAUGCACCCAUAUCGGCCAAAUGAUGCAGAAUACCGGAACGCUUUACGUCAACGAGUUCCAAAAGCAGCGACUUAGCUCUCUCAUGGGGAACAUUCAUCGUACUAAGAUUUACUUUUAGCUGACGAAUCACGACUAAAGCUACUUCGAAAAGUAGAUGAAGCUACUUUCUUACUUAUCUAGUGUUAGGCGUGACGCUUCCCCAUCCCCGGCAUGAUGCCUUUAUUGAUGAAGCAUUACGAGAAAUAGAGAAGCACCAGGACCACCCUCUUGGAACCCUCGACAUCAGCGUUUGUAGCCCGAUUUUUGCACAAAAUAAUUUCAAGGUCUGGGAUUGACGAAUACUGUCGUCAUGAACUACGAUGGUCGUGACCUGAAGGACGUCCUGCCAGUGCACUCGCUGAACCGGGUGUUGCUCGAUGCUCCGUGUAGUGGUGCUGGUAUCGUUGCUCGUGAUCCUUCUAUCAAGAGCAAGAGAAAUAUCCAGGAAUUCGAACAAACUGCACAGUUGCAGAAGCAGCUUCUCCUCACAGCAAUCGAUCUUUGCGAUGCAAAGAAAGAUGGUAAUACUGCCUUUUUGAGUCAAGAAGUUGAACUUUCAUAUUCUUGAAAUGUUGAUCUUGAUGGUCUUUCUCUUCAUUAUCUGAUAAACAAGAUGUAGUAAGAACUAGACGACCGCGAUGAAGUUACAUAUGAAACUGAAAGAAUCAACUGAAGCUAGAAGUUACCGCUGGAUUUCACUUCCGCCAGGUAUCGUGGUGUAUUCCACAUGUAGUGUUUCCGUCGAGGAGAACGAGAUGGUAGUGGACCAUGUUCUGCGAAAGCGCAAUGUGAAACUUGUCGACUUCCGAUCAGAAGUCGCCUUUGGUGUGCCAGGUUUCACCAGCUAUCGAGGCAAGGAAUUUCACAAGUCUGUAGAACUGACGCAGCGCUUCUACCCGCACCGACACAAUAUGGACGGUUUCUACGUAGCGAAAUUCCAGAAACUGAGCAACGAAAUGCCGCAGCUCCAGGCGAGAGAACGGGGAACGAGGGGCUCCAAUACUGUCCAUUGGGGCAAAGAAAAGUGGAGCGCGAUGGGUGAAGGCCUCAUCGAGUACGCUGAAGAUGAAACGGAAAAAGCGCAGAGCAGUUCUGCUAAAAAAUCUUCAGUGAAAAACACAGAAACAACUGGAACUGCGUCAUCAACUUUCUCUAGUCCUAGCGCUCUUGAGAACAAGAAAACAGCGUCUUCUUCAGCAACAGCAGCCGUGAGCGCAGACGCUAAGGCUAAGCUGCUUGAAGAGAAAAUGAUGCUUUUCCGAUCAGGCAACACGUCAAAACUGAAGAAGUUGGUGAAGAAGGAGAAGGAGGUAGCCGCGAGAAAAGCUGCCAAGAAGGUACGUAAGCCUGAAGAGACUCACGUGCCAGCCUGGAAAGCAGCUGCGGCUGCUAAGUCAAAAACCAAAACGAAAGCUAAGAAGAAGAAGACAAGCGUCGUCGAUAAAUAGAGCCUACUUACUACAACUACAAGACGACUCUCCUCCUAUUCUUUGAGCGUUGAAGAUAUUCGAGGUCAAGAAACGCUAAUCAAUACUCGGACGAGACGAAGCUGUAGGACAUGUGCGCACCAAAGUCAUAUCAUCAGUACUAGGUCAGCGAUCUUAAGUACUACACGUAGAAUAUGCUUACACUGGAGCCUAACGCCAGAACACGUCUCCAAUCCAUGCAAGAAUUUAAUCCUGAAAUCGCCGUUCUC